AUUUAAUGCUUAAAUGUGUGUUAAUUUAUAUUAAUUUAUAUCUUUUUCUUCCUAUAUGACAGCAAUGGGGACAUUAAGAAUUCACCAUAGUGGCACUUUUUGCAUGAGUAGUAGUACGGAUCUUAGGUAUGCUGCAGGCGAAGUACAUGAUGAGGAGAUUGAAUAUCAUCGUGUGACUUUGUCGUACUUAGAGGAGAGGGUAAAAAGCCUCGGGUAUAUGCAUUUUAAGGACAUAUAUUACAAAGAUCCUUAUGUGGAAAAAUUUGGUGAAGCAAUAAAGGUUAUAAAUAGUAAGCAGGAGCUUAUUCACAUGCGGUACCUUUUAAAUGAAAGGGGAAUUAUAGAUGUGUAUGUUGAGCAUGUCUGUGAUGAACCAGAUAUUUUAGAUUUGCUUGAAGGUGGCACUGUUCUGCAAGAACCAGUUGAUGAAGGUACAAUGGACAUUGGGGAAGGCUGUGUGACACAAAAUUCACAACCAGCCCCAAAUGGUCAUGAAGCUCCAGAAACAGCAGCUGAAGGUGAUGCUGAUGAAACAGAUGCACUGCAUGAAGGUGAUGCAGCCCAACAAGAAGAUCUACAGAACAAUGAUCAUGAUGAUGAGGAGUUGCCUGAUAUUGUGCAUAAUGAUGCAGAUGAUGAGGAUAAUGGGGAAGGCUGUGUGACACAAAAUUCACAACCAGCCCCAAAUGUUCAUGAAGCUCCAGAAACAGCAGCUAAAGGUGAUGCUGAUGAAACAGAUGCACUGCAUGGAGGUGAUGCAGCCCAACAAGAAGAUCUACAGAACAAUGAUCCUGAUGAUGAGGAUUUGCUUGAUAUUGUGCCUAGUGAUGCAGAUGAUGAGGAGGUGCUUGAAUCUAUUCGCAAUAAAAAGAAACAUAAAGCCAGUGCAAGUGCAAGAAAAAAUGCAGAUGGUGCUGGACCAAGCGGCACAGUCCAUGACUCCCCUACCUCAGUUAAUGAAGAGGGUGAAAGGGUUCCAAUAAGAACUAAUGACCAUGGAGAUUUGGGUUCUAAUUCUAGCUUUGAAAAUAGUGAAGAUGAAUUUGAGGUUUCUAGUGAUGAUUCAGGUGAGUACAAUGUUGCAGAUGAACAUGAACUUGAAGAAAAAGAAGAAGAAGAUGUAAGAACUACUAGAAGUAGUGAGUUAUGGUUUAAUCCUUCAUGGACUACUGUUUGGUUUGAGGUAGGGAUGAGGUUUGAGCAUGUAGCACAGUUUAAGGAGGCUAUAGCUAAAUACCAAAUUCAAAAAGGCUGUGAAGACAUAUUGCAGGGAACACACUUGCUUUCGGAGUUUGAAGUCCAAUAUGGUUGGGUCGAGGGAGUUCAUGUUUCAAGGGAUAAGUGUAAACUAGCAAAGGAAAGGAUUAUGAAGGAGUUGAAGGAAACUCAGACGAAGGAAUUUGCUCAGUUAAGAGGGUAUGCAGAAGAGCUGUUGAGAUUGUCCCCUCAGUCAAAUGUUCAAAUUGACAGUGAGCCACCCACAACUCCAGAGGGAAAACCUAUGUUUAAAGGAAUCUAUGUGUGUCUAGAAGGAUGUAGGAAGGGUUUUCUACUAGGCUGUAGACCAGUAAUUGGAGUUGAUGCCUGUUUCCUCAAGGGGAUGUUCAAAGGAACUCUUUUGGCAGCUGUUGCAAGGGAUGGGAACAAUCAAAUGUUCCCAAUAGCUUGGGCUGUUGUUGACUCAGAGUCUACCAGCUCAUGGAGGUUUUUUUUUAGAUGCCUAGCUGAUGAUCUAUCAAAUCACACUGGGCGAGAUUUAACGUUCAUUUCGGACCAACAUCCUAUAAGUCUGCACAAUCUAUUAUGAAUUAAUUUAUAUUAUCAAUAUCUUUAUGUUACUAUAAUCAUCAAUGCUAUUUAUUGUAUAAUUCAAUUGACUUUAUUA